AUGGAGUUCACUACAAUGAAGAUUGUUGCUCUAACUACAAUGUACAUAGUGUUUUCAUUUGUUAUGGGAGCCGAACAAGGCGGAUCUUCGUCCAUAAAAAGGGAUUCCGAGGCUCUUCUCUCCUUCAAGAAGAUGAUUCAGAAUGAUCCCAAUGGAGUUUUGUCAGACUGGCAGCUAAAGAAAGAUCCCUGUAAUUGGUAUGGAAUUACAUGCACUCUUGGAAGAGUGACUGCUCUUGAUCUUGCUCAGUCUAAUCUUGUUGGCCAAGUCUCUUUUUCGCCCUUUUCUUCGUUAGAUAUGUUGACUGCCCUCAAUUUGUCUGCAAAUUCGUUUGCUAUAAAUUCUACAACAUCUUUGCUCCAGCUCCCUUAUGGAUUGAAACAACUUGAACUUUCUUUUUCUGGGCUUGUAGGUCAUUUUCCGGAAAGCUUUUUCGCCAAGUGCCCGAAUCUUGUUUAUGUGAAUUUUGCUUUCAAUAAUAUUACAGGUUUUCUACCUGAAAAUCUUAUGUUGCACAUCGAUAAUUUGCAAUAUCUUGAUCUUUCUUACAACAAUAUUUCAGGUUCAAUAUCAUACUUGAAAAUUGAAUCCUGCAAUUCCUUGUUGCAUCUAGACUGGUCUGGUAACCAAAUGGUUGGUUCUCUUCCUCCUUCCUUUUCAAACUGCACAAAACUCGAAGAGUUAAUUUUACAAGACAAUUCACUCAACGGGGAAAUCCCGCCUUCUUUUGGUGAACUCACGAGCUUACAAAGAUUAGAUCUUUCUAAGAAUCAUCUCACUGGUUGGAUCCCGACUGAACUGGGAAAUGCGUGCAACUCACUGUUGGAACUUAAGAUGUCUAAUAACAACCUUACUGGAUCAAUACCGACCUCAUUCUCAUCUUGUAAUUUGCUUCAACUUCUUGAUUUGUCCCUCAAUAAUUUAACUGGUCCUUUCCCCGAUUUGAUCCUGCGAAACUUAGGAUCUUUAGAGACCUUGCAACUUCAAAGUAACAGGAUCUCUGGAGCAUUUCCUGCUUCUAUUUCAUCCUGUAAGAAACUACGACUCGUUGAUUUCAGCUCCAACAUGCUGUCUGGGAUCAUCCCACCAGAUAUAUGUCCGGGAGCUAUUUCACUCGAAGAGCUGAGAGCACCAGAUAAUUCACUUUUUGGAUCAAUUCCAUCUCAAUUAUCUCAAUGUUCCCAGCUAAAGACCAUCGAUUUCAGCAUAAAUUACAUUAAUGGUACAAUACCAGCAGAACUCGGGAAUCUUGAGAAUCUAGAGCAACUGAUUGCCUGGUACAACAGCUUGGAAGGGAAUAUACCAGGAGAGUUGGGAAAGUGCAAAAAAUUGAAAAAUCUUAUACUGAAUAAUAACCAUUUAAGUGGCAGAAUCCCAACAGAGUUGUUCAAUAGCGUUACUCUGGAAUGGAUAUCCCUCACAAGCAAUAGACUGAGUGGUGAGAUUCCACGAGAAUUCGGGUACCUAACAAGGCUAGCUGUUUUGCAACUUGCAAAUAAUAGCCUGAGCGGUCAGAUACCGAAAGAGUUGGAAAACUGCACCAGCUUAGUUUGGUUGGACUUGAACAGCAACCAGCUUAAUGGUGAGAUUCCACCUCGACUUGGAAGGCAGAAUGGAUCAAAAGCACUUAGUGGAAUUCUGUCGGGCAACACAUUGGUUUUUGUACGAAAUGUGGGGAAUUCUUGCAGAGGAGUCGGAGGGUUGAUUGAAUUUUCCGGCAUUCGUCCUGAAAGGCUGUUACAGGUGCCAUCAUUGAGAAGUUGCGAUUUUACACGAUUGUAUUCUGGUCCAGUUCUGAGUCUUUUCACCCGGUACCAGACUCUCGAGUAUCUUGAUCUUUCUUAUAAUCAGUUAAGAGGGAAAAUCCCAGAUGAAUUUGGGGAAAUGAUAGCCUUACAAGUUCUCGUGUUGUCCCAUAAUCAGCUAUCGGGGGAAAUUCCGGAGUCUCUAGGACAGCUUAAGAACUUGGGAGUCUUCGAUGCAUCUCAUAACAGACUGCAGGGGCAUAUUCCAGACUCAUUUUCGCAACUGUCUUUCUUGGUGCAAAUUGAUCUCUCCAACAAUGAAUUGAUAGGACGAAUUCCACCCACAGGGCAGCUUAGUACACUUCCUGCAAGCCAGUAUGCAAAUAAUCCAGGUUUAUGUGGAGUCCCAUUGCCCGAAUGUCAAUACAAUAACAAUCAGCAGCCUACAAUAAAUCCAAAUGAGAAUGGUAAAAAAGGUGCAGCUACAUCAUGGGCUAAUAGCAUUGUGAUGGGGAUUCUUAUUUCAAUAGCUUCUGUCUGCAUUCUGAUUGUGUGGGCAAUUGCAAUGCGUGCUAGACGCAAGGAAGCUGCGGGAGUGAAGAUGCUUAAUAGUUUACAAGCAACCCAUGCUGCAACAACAUGGAAAAUUGAGAAGGAGAAAGAGCCACUAAGCAUUAAUGUUGCAACUUUUCAAAGGCAACUGAGGAAACUCAAGUUUUCUCAACUGAUUGAGGCUACCAAUGGAUUCUCAGCAGCGAGUAUGAUUGGCUCUGGAGGAUUUGGUGAAGUAUUUAAGGCAACAUUGAAGGAUGGAUCAAGUGUUGCAAUAAAAAAACUCGUAACUAAUUCGACGGUCCCACUGUCCCUAUUCAUGGCUGAAAUGGAGACCCUAGGAAAGAUCAAGCACAGGAAUCUUGUCCCUCUUUUAGGCUAUAUGGAUGACGGAGGAUUGAACGCGAGGAAUUGGGGUUAUUAUGAACCUUCCCUUGGCCUUAAAGGGCAUCUCGGUCUUCAACUCAUGUCAUCUGUGGCUGAGCGAGACGCUAAACCUUUCCUUGCAGGGCAUGAUACUCCUGUUAUGGUUGCAGCGAAUGGGGCAUUCCAUCCCCGGGAUUGCAUGGUGCUUCAACAACCCGAUUCAACCAAAGAUUCAAAUGUGAGUGUAGAGGAUCCAAGUGUUAAGAAGGAAGAUGUCCAUGCCAAGAAGAGAUCUGUGGCUGCUGCUGCACCAAAAACCCCCAAGGCAAAGAAGUCAAAGAAAGGUCCUUCUUUGCCUAAGGAAAUUGGUAACUCCUCUGUUCAGCGUGCCAAAACAUCAAAGAAGAAUCUUGACAUUAUAAUAAAUGGCGUUGAUAUUGAUAUUUCUGCUAUUCCGAUUCCUGUUUGCUCAUGUACCGGCACUCCCCAGCAAUGUUAUCGAUGGGGAUGUGGUGGUUGGCAGUCAGCCUGUUGCACCACAACCAUAUCAAUGUAUCCCCUGCCAAUGAGUACCAAAAGACGUGGAGCAAGAAUUGCUGGACGGAAGAUGAGUCAAGGUGCUUUCAAGAAGGUUCUGGAGAAACUCGCAUCAGAAGGCUAUAAUCUUGUUAACCCAAUUGAUCUAAAGACUUACUGGGCAAAACAUGGUACCAACAAGUUUGUGACCAUCAGGAAGAAUUUGGGGUCAAUGGGUGAUCAAGAAGGCCCAUGGCCUAGGUUGGCGACCUCCAUUGCACUUGGCGACUGCCUAAGAUUAUGGCAUUAUGCGUUUGACGGGCCAUGGCUAAGCCAAGCUGAUUCCUUAGCUGGGGUUAAUUCAAUAUCUAUUUUGCUCCCAUUUUCUUCUGAACCAGACCAAAUUGAACCUCUUUUAAAUGAAAAUUAUCCUCGUAGAAUGCUGUUGAAAUUUUUUGCCCUUUUAAGUUGUGCUAAUACUGAAUGA